GUUAGGCAUGUUUUUUUGGCUCCAACAAUCAGAGCCUGGAACUGAGCUAAAAGCUCCUAGAAACCCAGAGGGGUCUCAGAGAGGCUUUUAGAAAUCUGGGUUGAAUUCACACAAAUUCGUAGAGGUUGAUUUCGCUUGUUCUGUAAAAUACACACAUGGAAGAACGGUUGCAGAAAGCGUUAAGUGAAAAAGGCUUAUCAGUUUCAACUCAUCCACAAAAGGGUCGCUGCAUUUUUACUACUCGAGAUUUUUCUCCAGGUGAAGUAAUCAUCAGCCAAGAGCCUUAUGUUUCGGUUCCCACGAAAACCAAGACUGAACCAUUGCCAAAAUGCGAAUGGUGUUUUGCAUCUGCUAAUGUCAAGAAGUGUUCUGCUUGUCAAAUUGUGUAUUAUUGUGGCGCCACUUGCCAGAAGUCAGAUUGGAAGCUGCAUCGACUUGAAUGCCAAGUACUACUGAAAGUUGAGAGGGAUAAGAUAAAAUCCCUUGCACCAACAUUAAGAUUGAUGGUUAAACUUUAUUUGAGGAGAAAACUGCAAAGUGGUAAUAAUGUUCCAGCUACUGCUAUGGAUAACUACACAUUGGUGGAAGCUUUGGUCUCUCACAUGCCUGAUAUUGAUGAGAAGCAACUAGUGUUGUAUGCACAAAUGGCAAACCUUGUAAGUUUGAUUCUCCAACGGACUGACAUCAAUAUAAAAGAGAUUGCAGAAAACUUCUGUAAGCUUGCGUGCAAUGCACAUACAAUCUGUGACAGUGAACUGAAACCCCUUGGUACUGGGCUCUAUCCUGUAAUUUCUAUAAUCAAUCACAGUUGUUUGCCAAAUUCCUGUUUAGUGUUUGAGGGACGAUGUGCAGUGGUACGUGCUGUACAACAUAUAAAGAAAGGUACUGAGGUCUGUAUAAGCUACAUAGAAACUGCUGGAAGCACUACAACUCGACAAAAGGUCCUCAAAGAACAAUACUUCUUCUCCUGCACCUGCAGUCGCUGCAUAAAAUUGGGACUAACUGAUGAUAUCCAAGAAACUGCAGUUCUGGAAGGCUAUAGAUGUAAAGAUAGUGGGUGUAAAGGUUUCCUACUUUGUGAUGCUGAGGAUAAAGGAUUCAUUUGUCAGCAGUGUGGAUUACUUAGAGAGAAGGAAGAAAUAAAGAGCAUUGCGAGUGAUAUCAAUUCAUUGUUGGACAUAGCUUCACUGUCAUCUUCAUCUGGGAACCAGAAAGAUGCUAUUAGGUUAUAUAAGAUGAUUGAGGAGCGUGAAUUGAAGCUUAAUCAUCCCUUUUCACUCAAUCUGAUGCGGACUCGAGAAAAUCUUUUAAAGAUAUGCAUGGAGUUGCAAGAUUGGAAGGCAGCCUUGGUGUAUUGCAGAUUGACUAUUCCAGUUUAUCAGAGAGUAUAUCUAGGACGUCAUCCUUUGCUUGGGCUCCAACAUUAUACAUGUGGGAAACUUGAAUGGUUGCUUGGAGAGUCAGAGGAAGCAUUGAAGUCGCUGACUAAGGCAAUGGAUAUUUUAAGAAUCACUCACGGGACAAAUACUCCUUUCAUGAAGGAGCUUUCCUUCGAGUUGGAUGAAGCAUGCGCUGAGGUUUCCUUCAAGCUCUCAAGAAAUAACGAUGAUCACUGAAGAGUGCCUGCCUCCUCAUACUUUCCUUCCAAUCUUAUUAUUGUUUUCUCUAUUGUGUCACUGGAUGCGGCCUAUUCUUCUGUUUCUUAUGAACUUAUUCCUAUCAAUUUUCUUCUUCAUGUAAGCUUACAUUUCCUCUUACAUUUUCCCUGUGUUCUCUCCUCAUGUUUAUAUAUAUGUGUGUAGGGGCACACAUCAAUGUGCUAAAAUAUGUAUUUUGAAUGUUCCGAGACUUAUUAUAAGGAUCAUCAUCAAAACUAUAUGAUAAUUGUCAAAACUGAGAGAGUAUAAACCACUACCUUUCUAGCUUUCCC